AUGGGCCACUUCUAUGUGGCUGGGGAACCAGAUGGCCGAUUUGGUACUCUAUUCCUAAGUAUCCCCUUCCAGAGAGUCGUUAACGCUGUCCACCAUGAAUUGAAGGUAUUUUAUCUUACUGCUAUUCUUUCCCGUUAGCCAGCCGAUCUCUCGUUUUCCCACAACUCCGUCUCUCCUCAAUUUUCCGCUUGGCUUCUUCUCUUCGCUUUCGCCCUGCGGCUAGCUACCACAGCUUCUACUAGCUAUUCUGGUUCAAAGGCCUCAACCAGCUCUUCUGUUCCUCCAUCACCUCGGGCCUGCUCUGGGUCUCAUUUGGAAAUGCGGCUCUCUUGCCCCCUUCACCCUGCUUGGGCCUCAUCCAGAGACGUCACCGGCCAGUCCGAUGCAGCACUUGGGCAUUCUGAGUUAGGAAAACAUUAUAUUGCAGCUCGUCAUGCUUUGGAAGUACUCCCGCAACAGCCAUCAGAGCAAUUGGGUUGCCUUUGUCCUGCCAAUGGGCAGUUCGUGUCCCGUCUGGCCGAGAUCGCAUUGCAACUGCCGACUCGUGUCCCACGAAUAAGCCAACUACAUGUGGCUGCGGAUUCUGAGCGGGAGGUGGUAAACGACUUCCAUUCUCGCAUGCUCAGUUUUAGUCGCCUUGUCUCUGCCCUCCUUUCUGACUGGUUGGGUAAUCCAGUUCGUAAAAUGACUAGACCCUUGCAAGAGCAGACCAGUGCGAAUUCUGUCCCAACCCCGACCCCUGUUUUAGCUACCGAUGGUGGCAGAUCUAGUGAUUCUACCUUUGAGCUUGCUAGACCUUCGGCCGAAUAUUGCAUGCCCGCUUUGUACCAUUUAUCAAAAGUGGCCAUGCCAAGCGACCAAUGGUCGAUUCCCGCCGCCUCUGCCAUCCUUGCUCGAGCGACUGGAGGAUCCGGGACGCCUUCUGCAGAAAAUAUCUCAAGGAUCGAGCCGUGUUGUCAGGUUUCCUCCGAAUAUAAUUAUGUAAAAGGACAGGAAGUCUCUGCCAUUGCCUCAUCACCCCUAUGGGCUUUUGUGCUUAUUUGUAUUCAUUGUUGGCCAUCCCUUGGUCAAUGCGUGCUUUACAUUUUCAAUGCGUUGAGUCAUUGA